AUGGCGGACUACUACCAAGCGGCACCGACCGCUACACGGCUACGCAACACGGAAUAUGUAUACCCUGUGGUUAUAGGCACCAUCGCAUUCGCCCUGGGCAAAAAGGCGACCGACACAGCCACCCACCGGUGGACAGCCUACGUGCGGGGCGCCAAUAACGAGGACCUGUCUCCGCUCAUACAAAAGGUGACGUUCAACCUUCACGCGUCCUUCAACAACCCGCAGCGCAUCAUCCAUGCGCCGCCCUUUGAGCUGACAGAGGAGGGCUGGGGCGAGUUUGAGAUGAGCAUCGUGCUGCACUUCCAGCCUGACGCCCAGGAGGGCCCCAUUGAGGUGUUCCACCACCUGCGGCUGUACGAGGAGGGGGAGCCGCAGGGCCUGCCGCUGCCCGCAAACAAGAAGCCCGUCAUCAGCGAGCAAUAUGAGGAGUUGGUCUUCAGUGAGCCUCAUGAGGCCUUCUACCGGCGCCUCAUGUCCACACCGCAGAGGGCGCUGCAGGCAAGGGUGCCGAGCAUAAUCGGACCCCAUGCGGGGCGGCCGGAGAACGAAGCGGCUGAGCUGCAGCUCAUAAAUGAGGCGCGCCAGCGGGUAGCCCAGGCAGUGGCCACGGUCAAGAACGCCGCGGCCAUCGAGCAGCAGGCCGCACAGCAGGCCGCGCAGGCGGCGGCGGCGGCAGCGGCAGCGGCGGCCCAGGGGGUCAUAACGCAUGGGCAGCCCAUGGGGAUGUGA